AUGGCAGAAAAAGUUAAUCACAACUCGAUUGAAACUCUCGUUGGCUCCAACUACACCAAAUGGAGGGAAGAUGUGGAAAUUGCUGUAGGUCUGCUGGACUAUGAGAUGGCUAUUGAAGUAGAUGCUCCUGCAGUACCUGAUGCAGAUGCAUCUGCUGGAGCAAAAGCAAAAUAUGCCAAAUGGGUUAAGGCAAACAAAAUGGCUAUUCUAAUCAUGAGAAGGUCAAUUUCACCAUCUGUCAAGGGAAGCAUUACAUCAUGUGAUAAUGCCAAGAAGUUUAUUGAUUCUAUUGGGGAGAAGUUUCAGGAAUCAGAAAAGGCUGAGAUUGGAACUCUAAUGGGACAGCUUACUGAUACAAAAUACAAUGGGGAAAGAUGUGUGAGAACACACAUACUGAACAUGCUGGAAAUUGGGAACAAACUGAAGGCACUCAAAGUCAAUGUGGAUGAAACUAUGAUGGUGCAUUUUGCUAUAAACUCUCUGCCUAGAAGAACAAAAUAUGAAGAAAGAUAA